ACAAAUUAAACCACAGUUGCCUAGUUGCUAUAAAUAUUCCUCCGUCCCCACAACCUUUUCUCUCAAUUAUUCCUCUGUUUUUCUCUCUGGUUAUUUUGUCGAUCGAAGAUGCGAGAGAUUCUGCACAUCCAAGGAGGCCAGUGCGGCAACCAGAUCGGUGCCAAAUUCUGGGAAGUGGUAUGCGCCGAGCACGGCAUCGACGUGACCGGACGGUACCAAGGGGAUUCGGAGCUUCAGCUAGAGAGGAUUAAUGUGUAUUACAACGAGGCUAGUUGUGGGAGGUUUGUGCCGAGGGCGGUCCUUAUGGAUCUUGAGCCAGGCACCAUGGAUAGCAUCCGAUCCGGGAUGUACGGUCAGAUUUUCCGGCCGGAUAACUUCGUUUUCGGUCAAUCUGGUGCCGGGAACAACUGGGCUAAGGGGCAUUAUACAGAAGGGGCGGAGUUGAUCGACGCGGUGCUUGAUGUUGUUCGAAAGGAGGCAGAGAACUGUGAUUGCUUGCAGGGUUUCCAGGUGUGCCAUUCUCUAGGAGGUGGAACUGGAUCUGGCAUGGGUACUCUUUUGAUUUCAAAGAUCAGGGAGGAAUACCCUGAUCGAAUGAUGCUUACUUUCUCUGUUUUCCCCUCUCCCAAGGUCUCUGAUACGGUGGUAGAACCAUACAACGCAACCCUAUCUGUCCAUCAAUUGGUUGAAAAUGCAGAUGAGUGUAUGGUUCUUGAUAAUGAAGCUCUUUACGACAUUUGCUUCCGAACCCUCAAGCUUACCACUCCAAGCUUUGGCGAUCUGAACCAUCUGAUUUCUGCAACAAUGUCUGGAGUGACCUGCUGUUUGCGUUUCCCGGGUCAGCUGAAUUCUGACCUUAGAAAACUUGCCGUAAAUCUCAUCCCAUUCCCUCGGCUCCACUUCUUCAUGGUGGGUUUUGCGCCUCUCACCUCCCGUGGUUCCCAGCAGUACAGAGCCCUGACAGUGCCGGAACUGACUCAACAAAUGUGGGAUUCAAAGAACAUGAUGUGUGCAGCUGACCCACGACAUGGCCGGUAUCUGACAGCAUCCGCCAUGUUCAGGGGCAAGAUGAGCACCAAGGAAGUUGAUGAACAGAUUCUCAAUGUCCAGAACAAGAAUUCUUCCUACUUUGUGGAAUGGAUACCAAAUAAUGUAAAAUCAACAGUCUGUGAUAUCCCACCUACAGGCCUGAAGAUGGCAUCAACCUUCAUCGGGAACUCAACAUCCAUACAAGAAAUGUUCCGCAGGGUGAGCGAGCAGUUCACGGCUAUGUUCAGAAGGAAGGCCUUCUUGCACUGGUACACAGGCGAAGGUAUGGACGAGAUGGAGUUCACAGAAGCAGAGAGCAACAUGAAUGAUUUGGUAGCCGAGUAUCAGCAGUACCAAGAUGCCACAGCCGACGAGGAGGGAGACUAUGAGGAUGAAGAGGAAGAAGAACUCCAUGACAUGUGAUGUUGAAUUAGGCGGUUCUGCGUUUACUCCCAGUUGCCGGUCUCUGUUAAGAGAAUGGGUUAUUCUGGGUUAGCUGUAUGACGACAUAUCAUUCCAACAAUGUUUUUGAUUUUGCUUCUUUUCUUUAGGGGCUUGCAGAGAAAAGAGUAGUAUUUAUGUUUGAUAUAUAAGCAGUCAACUAUUGGGAUGGAUCUAUCUAGUUCUACUUCUAUUUAUGAAGAUAGUGUAUUGCUUUUUUGUUCUUGGUGGAUCAUAGUAUUGUUCCAUCAUUAUCGACACUUGCUCAUCAAAUCUAUUUUGCAA